GUGUUUUGAGAGAUGGCAGCCUUAGCCUCUGGUUCUGCUGUUAAAUAUUUAAGAAAUGGCCGAGCAAGGCGGGUGGGCCUCGGCUCGAGAUAAGAGCCCGACUUAAAAGGCGAAGGGCCCAGGAGAUGCCAAGCCCGUGCCCGGAUGGCAGCAGUAGUUCUAGGGGCAGACAACAUGGGCCCGGAGCGUAUCUUCCCCAAUCAGACUGAGGAACUAGGGCCGCACCAGGGCCCCACGGAAGGCACUGGGGAUUGGAGCAGUGAGGAGCCUGAGGAAGAGCAGGAGGAACCCGGGGCAGGCCCAGCUGGCUACUCCUACCAGCCCCUGAACCAAGACCCUGAGCCCGAGGAGGUGGAGCUGGCGCCGGUGGGGGACGGAGAGGACGUAGUGGCGGACAUCCAGGAUCGGAUCCAGGCCCUGGGGCUUCAUUUGCCAGACCCACCAUUAGAGAGCGAGGAUGAAGAUGAGGAGGGCGCCACAGCCUUGAGCAGCCACAGCUCUAUUCCCAUGGACCCAGAACAUGUAGAGCUGGUGAAAAGGACAAUGGCUGGAGUAAGCUUGCCUGCACCAGGGGUUCCUGCCUGGGCUCGGGAGAUAUCAGAUGCCCAGUGGGAAGACGUGGUACAGAAGGCUCUCCAAGCCCGGCAGGCAUCCCCUGCCUGGAAGUGACCACCUUGAGAGCUGCCUUAGCUCCCUGCAUUCCACUGGAACCAGGACAGGACUGAACACAUCCCUGGUUGUAACGCCCAUCUCCCUUCCACAUCAAGGCAAAUCAAACUUCUCAGAGACCCACUUUAUUCAGUCUGUACAUACGGGGACAUCGGCCCAAGCCCAACCCACCAUAGCAUGUAUCACUCUGGAGAAUAAAGCACCCUAUGUACACA